AUGUACAGCAAUGCAGUAAGGACAAGGUUGAAUGCAGAACGAUUUAGUACGAUUCAGAACGAUGUAGAACGAUUCAAUCAGAACUGUUCGCCAGAGCUGUUGCAGAGAAUCGGUGAUCGCAUCACGAAGCUGAACACCUGGUUUAGGAAACCUCUGGAACCUGGUCUGACGCUGUCCAUCGUACUCCGCUACUAUGCUGCAGGGGACAGCUACCACUCCCUCAUGUACAGCUUCAGAGUGGCUCAUAAAACCAUCUCGAAGAUUGUGUUUGAGGUGAGCAGUGCCAUUGUGGCAAAGUUGGCAGUGGAGGUCAUCUCCUGCCCAACGACACCUCAGGAGUGGCAGACGAUUGCAGAUUUGUUUGCAGCGAAAUGGCAGUUUUUCCACGCCCUGGGCGCCCUUGAUGGCAAACACGUGCACAUCCGAUGUCCGGCCAAGGGGGGAUCAUUGUACUACAGUUACAAGGGCUUUCACUCUAUCAUUAUGAUGGCCCUUGUCGAUGCGGAGUACAAGUUCAUGUGGAUCGACAUCGGGACGGCCGGCUCCCACUCCGAUGCCCAAGUCUUCAACCACAGCGAGCUGAAGGACGCCAUCGAUAUAGAUUGA